AUGCCACCGAGACAGGAUCCAACCAAUGCUCAGCUUGCUCAAGCAAUGGCACAGCUGGCUCAGGUAAUGACCCAGCAGGCUGCCACUGUUGCUGCCCAAGCCACGGCACAACUUCAGCGGGAAGCUGAAGAGAAUACAAGAAGGGCUGAAGAGGAUGCCAGAAGGGCACAAAGAGCUGAGAGGGAGCUGGCACAGGACCAGAUCCGCAUGAGGACCGAUUUCAAUCGUCAUGGACCACCUAGGUUCCAAGGCGAGGUUGAACCGGAGAAAGCAGAUUUAUGGAUUCGGGAGAUUGAGAAGAUAUUUGAGACUCUCCACACUCCUGAUGCUGAAAAAGUGAAUCUCGCCGUCUUUAUGCUGAAAGGCGACGCCGAGUAUUGGUGGAGGAGCGCUAAGCAGCUGAUGACUGCCAAUAAUGAGGCUAUCACCUGGGAGUCUUUCAAGAAGGCUUUCAUGGAUAAGUAUUUCCCUGAGACUGCUCAGGAAGAGAUGGAGAACCAAUUCCUCAGGCUGAGACAGGGGACAAUGACUGUAGGGGAAUAUGUUGCCAAGUUGGAGGCUUUGUCAAAGCAUUUCCGUUUCUUCCAGACGCAAGUGGAUGAGGGUUACCUCUGCAACAGGUUCUUGAGGGGUCUAAAGAAUGAGAUUGAGAAAGUUGUCAGGCCGCUUAGGAUCAGGGUUUAUCAACAAGUAGUUGAGAAAGCUCGGGAAGUAGAAGCAAUGGAGAACAGACAGAAAGGUCGACCUGAUAAUGGGGAAUCAGUCCGCUUAGGACAGAGUCAACAAGGAAGGUACAGUGGCUAG